AUGAAUUUACAAGCAAAUUUCUCAAAAAAGAAUAAUGAAGAAUUUACAGUUAAAUCUGGUUUUUUAGCUCCACCAAUGGUUCGUCCAAAUAGUCCUCGUCCCCAAAGAGCAACGACUCCGACUGAAACAACAUGUAUUUCUUUAUCAACUGGAAAUUGUAUAAGGUUAGAAACAGGAGGAAUAAAAAAAGAUAUGCCGUCUACAAAUACCAAGUAA